CUGAAACGUUGCAAUUCUUCUGCAAGAAUAACCACCCAAGACAGCAAUUUCCCCCCUUUCCCGCUCGCACAUUACAGAAGGCGCUGCGUUCCCUUUUUAAUCCCGUAAUGCAUCUCGCAAGAUUGGAUCCUCCAGCCAUUUAAAAGCCAGAACGCUGCUUUUCACAAGUUAACCUCUCUUCUUCUGUUCCAGGUUUUCAGCCACUUUCGCAUCUGUCUUCCUAUGAAGUCACCGUCCCCAAGAGGGUAGAAAGAAAGCGGCAGGGGGCAUCCCAGCAUAUGUUGGUUCAGGACACCUUAUCGUUCACUGUUGUAAUUGAAGGAGUACGGUAUACCCUUCAUCUAAGAAGGAACAAAGAACUGAUACCCCAAGGCUUCACCAUUUAUAGCUACGAUAAAAGUGGAAAUCUGCAAACAGAAACUCCAGGCCUUCAGAAGCACUGCCACUACCACGGAUAUGUCGAAGGAAUCUCAGAUUCUUUCAUUGCAGUCAGCACCUGUCUGGGGCUCAGGGGCUUGGUGCAAAUCAGGAACAUCAGCUAUGGAAUUGAGCCGAUCAACGCGACUUCUCGACAUGCUGUCUACCGAAUGGCGAAUGUGAAGAAAGAUCCCAGGUCUUGCAGCAUUCCUGAUCUGGAUGGAAAGCGGGAAAGCGCAGAGGCUCAGCUCCACCCGGACGAUUCUAUGCCGACAAGAAGGAAAAGAGGCGUUCUUCAACAAACAAGAUACGUGGAGCUUUUCAUUGUUGUGGACAAAGAAAGGUAUCACUUGCUAGGCCAGAAUAAAACCGCAGUAAGAGAAGAGAUGGUGCAGCUGGCAAACUAUCUGGAUAGCAUGUACAUUAUGUUGAACAUCCGCAUUGUGUUGGUUGGCCUGGAGAUCUGGACGUUUGAAAAUAAGAUCCGAAUGGAAGGAGGAGCAGGGGAUGUCCUUGCCAACUUCGUGCAGUGGAGAGAGCAGGAACUUGUCCCACGCCGACGGCAUGACAGCGCCCAGCUUGUUCUGAGGAAGGAAUUUGGGGGCACAGCCGGGAUGGCUUAUGUAGGAACAGUGUGCUCCAAAAGUCACGCUGGAGGCAUUAAUGUGUUUGGACUCACCAGUGUGCAGGUGUUUGCAUCCAUUGUUGCUCAUGAGCUCGGCCACAACCUGGGCAUGAACCACGAUGAUGACAGAAACUGUCACUGCGAAACAGGGAACUGUAUUAUGAACUCUGGAGCAUCAGGUGCUAGAAAUUUCAGCACGUGCAGCGAGGAAGACUUUGAAAAGCUCACCUUGAACAAGGGCGGAAGUUGCCUUCUCAACAUCCCCAGGUCUGAUGAAACCUACAGCGUCCCAUACUGUGGCAACAAGCUUGUGGAUGCAGGAGAAGAGUGUGAUUGUGGGUCAGUGGAGGAAUGUAAAUCUGAUCCCUGCUGUGAAGCAGGAACUUGCAGACUGCACUCAGGAUCGGUCUGUGGAUAUGGAGAUUGCUGCAAAGAUUGUCAGUAUCUUUCCAAAGGCACCGUGUGCCGUGAGGCAGCCAGCGAGUGUGACCUUCCAGAGUAUUGCAAUGGGUCUUCCUCCUUCUGCCCGCAGGAUGUCACCAUUCAGAAUGGGCACCCUUGCCACCGAGACGAGGCCUACUGCUACAAUGGGGUUUGCCAGUAUUAUGAGUUACAGUGCCAGGAUAUCUUUGGAGCACAAGCAAAGGUUGCCCCUGAAAUUUGUUUCUCAGAUGUGAAUUCCAAAGGGGACCGGUUUGGAAACUGUGGUUAUCAGAACCGUGAAUUCAAGAAGUGUUCGAGCUGGAAUGCCAUGUGUGGAAAGCUGCAGUGUGAAAACGUGAAAACCUUGCCGGUCUUCGGGAUCAUGCCUGCCAUUAUCCAAACCCAUAUCAAAGGCAACACUUGUUGGGGAGUUGACUUCCAGCUAGGAUCAGAUGUGCCAGAUCCUGGGAUGGUGAAUGAAGGGACCAAGUGUGCACCUGGAAAGGUCUGCAAACACUACCAGUGCGUGGAUGCGUCCGUGUUAGAUUACGACUGCGACAUAGAGAAUAAAUGCAGUGGGCAAGGGGUAUGCAACAGCAAUAAAAAUUGCCACUGUCACUCAGAGUGGGCUCCUCCCUACUGUGAUUCCCCCGGAUAUGGUGGAAGUAUAGACAGCGGACCUACUUACAAUGACAGGGAUGUUGCGACACGAAACUGGAUCCUGGCAUUCGUGUUUAUAGUUCUUCCCAUCCUGAUAGCUUUACUCAUUCUUUAUUGUAGAAGAAAUCAAAUAAUCUCUUCCUUGUCGCCACUCGUGGAGACCUGUUGCAGACCUUUUCGCAGAUCAGGUAUCAGUAGGCAGCAGGCUGUUCGAACUGAAUGCCCACCCAACUUUCCAUAUUCUUCCAGGAGUGCAUCAUCUUCAGUGGUAGUGUCGUCCAUGGACCAGCAGCGUAUCCCGCCAAGGCCUCCACCCCCAAUUCUGAAAAGUACGAAAGCAUCAGACCAGAUUUUUCCUUCUCGACCGGCACCUUUGCCUCCUAUAUAAAACGUCUCAUUGCUCUUUUGCAAGCGCCCCCCCUCCUUCUUAGGGCUGCCUCCACCUUCCAUCAAGUGUCUCUUGAAACUGUCUUUUCCUCCUUGGCACUGGAUAAAGAGGAAAGAAAGUACAGAAGCAAAAAUGAAAUGCAAAACCAAGGAAUGUAAACUUCUCAAAUACCUCUCCAGGAACUAAAAUCACCGAGUCUGUGAAAACUGAGUUAGCGGCAUUUGGGUUGCAUUGCUGGAAGAUAUCAGUUUGAACUGGAACAAUGUUUUGGGUGCAACUGCAUCUUCCUUGUUUUUAUGAUUAGAUUUAAUCAUAAGAAACUUGACAUAUGCAAUCUCCCCCCACCCCGACCGCCAGUCCCUGAUGGUUUUUCUAGAAAAUAAAAUCAAUUAAGGGAAGGUGGACAUAACAUUUUUUAAGGACCAGGAAGCUGAUCAAGAAGUCUAGUUGUGUUUAAUUAAAAUCUCUCUUACAGAAAAGUGUCAUUAUCAAAAAAAAAAGAGCAGUUCUUCAUGGUUGGGGAGAGAAACCAGAUGUGGACAGCACCGAGUGGUGGGUGCCUGUCCUUUCACCAAGACAUCCUCUGCCUUGAAAGCAUGGUGGCUAUUCUUGCAUUUUUCUUCUAAAAAUAAUGCAAACAACAGACAUGUAUAAAUGUGCAUGUGGCACUUUAAAUGAUAGGACAGCCUAAACUAUGACGAGAGGAUCAAGGCUUGCACGUAACGCGCUCAUGUUUGCAUCAGUUGCUCAGAAUACAAAGCCAGGAGGAUGCCAAAGUCAAUCUGUGGCUGAGAGGCAUGGUUUGACGGCUGCACUUUUCUUAAAAACGUUACAUCUGUCUUCACCUGUAGGUGCAUCAAGGUAGAUUGGAGCUGCAGUCCAAAAUAGACCAACCCAGGAAUGGAAACAAAAUUCAAUUGCUUUGCAUGGAUUGGAAUUUCUUGUCUGGAAAUGCAUGAAGCUAAAAGACACGGGGGAAAAUGUGAAGAAUAAUGACUGUGCAAUUUUAUUCCUCUCUGGUUAGAAGUAAGGCCCACUGAGUUCAAUGGAACUUUUGUUCAGUGGGUGCAAUAUUGCAAGCUUAGCCAAGUGGGGCUACCAGACCAAGGGCUUUGACUGUUCAUCGCUGGCACUGACAUUGUUUUGUAAUGAAAAAAGAUGGAAGAAUUGGUAGGGAAACAGGAGAAGAGUAUAAAUGGAAGAUGAUCUUCCCUCCUGCUUGGGAGUGUCUGCAGGAUGUGGUCAAAAGGUCCAAGGUGGUAGCCAUGAUGUUGUGAUCAAAGCUCUUCCCUUUUGAAUGCACCUAACUAAAAAUGGGCGGAGCUUCAAUCACACUAUAGGUAGUCCUCAUUUAGCGACCACAAUAGGGACCAGCAACUUGGUCGUUAAGUGAAACCA